GGACAAUGAUAGGCUACUUGACGUUUUGGCCAGCUGCGGUGCAGGCAGGCCAAUGUUGAUUGAGGACCACGGCGCUUGUCAGGCUAUCAUCAAUCACUAAGAUGUCAAUGUGGAGGCGACGGUCAAAAUAUAUUUGCAAAGCAAAUCGAGAAGACAAACAUGUCCAUAGAGGCCCAGACAGAGUGGAUAUACUAACAUUUAAAUACAAGGAGAUGUGUAAAAUGGACUCAAGCUCUGACUCAGAGUCUGACGCAAGCCCUAGGUGGUCAGACACCAGCAGCAAGGGCAACGUCAGCGGUGCAGCUGAAAGAAAAUCUGCACAGAAACUGCCAUCGAUGACACACAAACAGACUGGAUGGCAUAAUGUGUGUAUAGAUCCGUAUGAUGGAAGCUCAGAGGAUUCUUGCACCUCCACAAAUGACUCCAGACGGCCAAAGAAGGGCAGUUGCCGGUUUUGGGUAAAGUUUCGGAGAGGGACAGCUAUGCAUGGCCCUCUCCCCAAGGAGGUGAAGAGGAAUGGCACAGCUGAUGGUGCAGGAGGCUCCCAUUUUGGAGACAUCCACAUGUUAAGCGACCCAGAGAUUGAUAUCACCAACCAGAAGGGCAACUGGCCAUCUAGCGAUGUGAACGAUUCAGAGGCAAAGGUGUUAGAGGAUAGUGGCGUGUUCAUCAAAUCUCUUUCAGACUCACCUAGCCCUGCGCUGUUGACUGAUGGAGGUGAUUGUGUGCAGUCUUUGCAUGGUCCAUCCAAUGGAAACAGUCAAGAGGCAGCAACACCGCCACCUGACUAUAUUACAGGUCAUGAUUCACUUUUCAAAAGGAAGCUGUUUCCUGCCCAGGGUGAAAUGGGGUAUUGGCACAGGAAAAGGCAAUGUGUGACUAAAAUAGACAGAGAGAGCAACAGUCCUGAGUGAAAUGAAGGACCAAGGAGUUGCAAGAUCAACCACUGAAAAAUUUUGAGUUACGUAGACUGCUUACACUGUAAAUAAAGCACUUGGUGGUACACUUAUGUAUUUCAGUUGUUGAUAAUAUUGAUGAAAUGACAAACAUUUAGUAGGAAUUAAUGUAUAAAAUUGAGAUCUUAUAGAACACUAGAGAUCAGGAAUUGAAAACAGAAUGAUUUUCAUUAUGGUUAGUUUUGAGCUUAAACUUUUUUGUUCCCGUUCCAGUUUUCCAAUAGCCCGGCCACGCCUGUCUACGCAGUGCAGCUCAAUUUAUUUUCCCUUCAGUACUCUGUCUGAUCUGCUUUCGUUUACUCCGCCCAAUCAGGGAACAGAGGGCGAUCUUGAGAGCGAUUACAUCCCUGUGGUUAACAUAUGUCAUUACCAAACGUUAGUGAACUCAAAUGAUUUAAAACGU